CAAAUACAAUUCAAAUGAGUAAAUUUAUUUGUCAAAAGCUGAAGUCCUAGACUCGUAAGAAACAAUAUGAUGGAGAUCUUAUGUUUUUUAUUUGGGGCAGUUCUAAAGGAGGGCCUUAUUUGUGAGAAGACAGAUCAGAAACUUUUACCUGCAUAGUUGAAAGAAAGACAGGAAGAAGAUCGGCAAAGUUAUAAGCUUUCCCAAAAAGAAGUGGUGAAUUCAAUCAUUGCCAUGGAAAGCCACUGCACCCCAGAAACGGCAGGAAAAGUAAUCAGAUGCAAAGCUGCAGUUUGUAGAAACCCGGGGGAGCCACUCAUGAUCGAGGAAAUUGAAGUUGACCCACCAAAAGCUUGGGAGGUUCGGAUCAAAAUUAUCUGCACAUCCCUUUGUCACAGUGAUCUUACAUUUUGGAAAAUGAAGGCACCCAUUGGAGUUUUUCCAAGAAUUUUUGGGCACGAAGCUGUCGGUGUCGUUGAAAGUGUGGGAGAGCAUGUAGAAGAGCUGAUAAAGGGGGAUAUAGUGUUGCCCGUGUUCCAACCAAACUGCAGGAAAUGCAGGGAUUGCAUGUCGGAGAAGAGCAACGCCUGCUCGGUCUUUGGGAAAAAAAUCUCCCCCGACAUGCCCAGGGACGGAACCAGCAGAUUUAAGGAUCUCAAGGGAGAAGUGUUGCACCAUUUCGUUGGGGUUUCCAGCUUCUCCGAGUAUACCGUGGUUGAUGAAACCCAUGCCGUGAAACUUACGCCCGACAUUCCUGUUGAUAAAGCCUGCUUGCUUAGCUGCGGCGUCUCAACCGGGGUGGGAUCAGCGUGGAAAGUGGCAGCUGUUGAAGAAGGAUCCACAGUGGCUAUCUUUGGGCUCGGUGCUGUUGGACUUGCGGUUGCGAUGGGAGCAAGACUUCGUGGAGCUUCGAAGAUUAUAGGUGUGGACUUGAAUCCUGAAAAAUUCGAGAUAGGAAAGAAAUUUGGAGUCACUGAUUUUGUCAACCCUGCAACCUGUACUGCAGAAAAGCCAGUCAGCGAGGUAAUCAAGGAGAUGACUGAUGGGGGUGCCGACUAUUGCUUUGAGUGUAUCGGGUUGGCAUCAUUAAUGCAAGACGCUUUUAAAAGCAGCCGAGAGGGUUGGGGAAAGACGGUGAUAAUUGGUGUGGAGAUGCAUGGCUCGCCGUUGACCGUCAGUUCCUACGAGCUUCUGAGAGGCAAAAGUGUCAUCGGCUCAUUCUUUGGAGGUCUCAAACCCAAAUCCGACAUUCCUCUCCUAAUCAGGAAAUACCUUGAUAAGGAGCUUAGUUUGGACGAGUUCAUAACACAUGAGUUGAGCUUCCAAGAAAUUAACAAAGCCUUCGAAUUGCUCCAAGCAGGGAAGAGCCUCCGUUGCAUGAUAUGGAUGGAUCGCUAGACAAUGUCGCCACCUAGCUAUCUUGUAUUAAUAAUACCUUAUCAAUAAGAAAAAAUAAGAAGUUGAUGAUAAUCAUUAUAUGAUUCACAAUUUAAAUCAAGAUCACUCUUCAAAGUUGUAAUUGAAAGUUUUUUUUUUCUUUUU